AUGGAGUUGAGUUCUGGAGGCUUAAAAGUCAAAGAUGAAGGGGCUGGCAGUUUGGGGUCUUGUGUUGAAGAGAACACUAAGUGUAUGGCUGAACAGCCAUUUGAUAAAGAGAUCAUGGGUGUAGAUCAUGGACUUACCAGCCAUCUUAGCAGAAGCCAGGAAUGGAGAGAUUAUACCAGCAGAGUCACUGCCGAAGUUCAAAAGGUGGCGAGCCCCCAGAGCGCGGCUUUAGAGACGCGCUCGCUCGCUCGCGCGCGGCCACCAGCCCGCCCUCUCAGCGCGCGCUCGGCCGCCCGACGACGACGACGCGGGAGUCGCACGCGCCAGACGAGGCUCGCCGCGCUCAUUGCCGCCGAGCGCCCGCCCGCUGAGGCCGCGCCCUCGGUUCCGGGCCAGGAGGGACUCUGUGGCCCCAGAGCGGAGGCGGCGGCGGGAAAGGUGAAGAACGAAAUUGCUGCCGUAGUCUUCUUUUUCACAAGGCUAGUUCGAAAGCAUGGUAAGUUGAAAAAAGCAGUCGAGAGGUUUGCUGAGAAAUUGACUCUAAUACUUCAAGAAAAAUAUAAAAAUCACUGGUAUCCAGAAAAACCAUCAAAAGGACAGGCCUGCAGAUGCAUUCGUGUCAAUAAGUUUCAGAGAGUUGAUCCUGAUGUCCUGAAAGCCUGUGAGAACAGCUGCAUUUUGUACAGUGACCUGGGCUUGCCAAAGGAACUCACUCUAUGGGUGCACCCAUGUGAGGUGUGCUGUCGGUAUGGAGAGAAAAACAACGCGUUCAUUGUUGCCAGCUUUGAAAAUUAGGAUGAGAACAAGGAUGAGAUUUGCAAGAAGGUGACCAGGGCCCUUGAUAAGGUUACCUCUGAUUAUUAUUCAGGGUCCUCUCCUUCAGAUGAGGAAACAAGUAAGGAAAUAGAAGUGAAACCCAAUUCAGUGGCUGCGACCCCCAGCCCCGUGUACCAGAUUUCAGAGCUGAUAUUCCCACCUUUUCCAAUGUGGCACCCUUUACCCAGAAAAAAACCAGGAAUGUACCGAGGGAAUGGUCAUCAAAGUCACUACCCUCCUCCUGUUCCAUUUGGUUAUCCAAAUCAGGGAAGGAAGAAUAAACCAUAUGGCCCAAUUCCAGUAACAUGGGUACCUCCUCCUGGAAUGCAUUGUGACCGGAAUCACUGGAUUAAUCCUCACAUGUUAGCACCUCACUAGCUGCUCUGAUUCUGUUGGUGUCAUGUUGAGAGAAGGUAGAGUAAGCCUGACUGCAUAUUAAAAGUUCAUACUCAAAGUAGUAAAGUUAGAUGGGCUAAACCAUCAAACUUAUUUUUAUAGAGAAGUUAUUGAGAAUAAUCUUUCUUAAAAUAUAUACAUGCACUUUAGAUAUAUUGAUAUAGUUUGAGAAACUUUAUUAAAGUUAGUCAAGUGCCUGAGUUUUUAAUAUUGGACUUGAGUAUUUAUAUAUUGUGCAUCAACUCUGUUGGAUAUGAGAACACUGUAGGAGUGGACAAUCUGUUCUAGCACCUUUGAGCAUUUUCCUUAUGGAGAGUAUGUAAGUUAUUUAUACACAAGGAAAUCUAUUUUAUGUCAUUGUUUAGAAGAAUUGCGUGAAAUCAUGUAGUUGCAAAUAAAAAGUAGUUU